AUGGGAAGAGGAAUCGAACGCAAAGAUUUCGCUAUCGACUGGAUUCUGGAACACUACUGCGAGCGGUACUUGAUUCGUCCCGAUGAAAAGUCGCUGCGGGGCCUCAGACCACUGGUGGAACAACACCUAAGAUCGAUAGGGGGGUACCACAAGGCCGGGAUCAAUGUGCUUCGAUUCUGUCUUAUCACGCGCAAUUUGUUAAGUGCGGACCGCAGUACGAGGUUUCAAGGCUACAUUAACGACAUUGAUGCAAUUCUCAAGGGUAUGGCGCUACAGCUGGAGUAUUGGUUGGACGCAGCUCCUCACCUGGCAGUCUCUGAUCCAGACAAGAUCAUGGCCACUGUAAGAGCCGAGAGCCGCUCAAUCAUGGUUUUGGUAGCACGAGAGUGUUUCUUUGUGACCGUGGAUCGAGACGCCUUUUCAACGGACGAUUUGGAGCAACUGAAGGCUCAGUACAAGGAACACCGGCAGUGGUAUGAUGAAGACGAUACAAAACAUUUCGGAAUGUACCUGGAUCUGCUUUCCGAGAGCAGCAACGAGAGUGCCCAUCAGCUGGUCAGAACCGCCAACGUCAUCUCCCACAGUCUCCAGGAAGCAGCUCAGAAUGAUCGACCUGUAUGGAGAAGAUUGUCUGAGUUCACAGACUAUCUCACGGGCCAUAUUAGAGCGAUACGAUGCUCGUUCACUGUUUAUAGGCAACAUGCAGCCGAAGGAAUGAAACCUGGAAUGUCUGCGCUCGCGAUAGCAAGUAGACUGUCUGUUCUAAAGGAGGAGAGGAGGAGAGAGAGGAAGCUGGAGAAGUUGGAGAAGAUGAAGGAGAAGAAGAGCAAUGGUAACGGUAACGGUAAGAAAAAGCUCUAG